GGCCCCAACAUGGCGGCGGCCGUCGUGAGCGGGGCUGAGGAGGAGGCGGUGCUGACAGCCGCCGGCGCAGCGAAGGCCGGUGAGGCGGGAGAAGGAGGAGGAGGUGGUGCGACGGCGGCACCAGCAGGAGCGGGAGGCGGUGGCGAGAGUGAGGAAGACGAGGACGAUGUCUAUGAGGUGGAGAGGAUCCUGGACGUGAAAACGGAUGAAGAUGGCAAAAUAGUAUACAAAGUACGAUGGAAAGGAUAUUCACCAGAUGAUGAUACAUGGGAACCGGAGGAACAUUUAGAAGACUGUAGAGAAGUACUGCUUGAGUUCCGAAAGAAAAUAGUGGAUACUAAGCCUAAACCUGUUAAAAAAGAGGUACAGAAGCUGCCUUUAAAUGAUGAUCUUUUUGAAGCAGAUUCUGAAGCAGACAGUGACUGGCAAAGUGAUACAAAAGGAGAUGUAUCUCCAAAGAAGAAAAAGAAAAAAUCUAAAGAGAAGGAGGACAAGAGCCAAGAUGAGAUGCAAAAGAAAAAAUCUAAAUCAGCAAAAGGUAAAGAGAGACCUGGAUUAGAACGUGAAAACUCCUCUGAUAGUUUGGCCUCAGAUUCAAAACCAAAGAAAAGGAGUUCAGAGUCAAAGGAAGACACAAAAGAUUACAAAAAACAGAGAAAGGAAGAUAUAAAAGACAUGGGUAAAAAAAAGGGAGAAGUCAAAGACGGAAAGAAAAAAUUAAAAGAGGAGUCUAAAGAAACUAAACAUCUGCAGAAGGGAAAAAGCAGCGCUCAUCAGUUAGAUGCAGAAUCCAGUGUACUGGAUGAUUCUUUUUCUCCAGCUGCUGAUAAUGAAAGUGUCGAAUUGGACUCGGACAGCAGCGAGGAGAUGCGUCAGACACCUCCUAGAAAAGACCAGCUGGAAGAGAGAAGCGUGCCCUGGGUUGCAAUUCAGCAGCCAGACAGUUCAUCAAGCACAGAUGAUAGUUCAGAAGUGAAGGUUAAGAGGAAAAAAAAGAAACAUAAAAAGUCUGAAGAACUUGAAGAAAGUAGAAAAAUGGACAAGUAUUUGGAAAAGAAAAGCACACACAAAAAGCAAAAGGCUCCAGAGAAAGCAAAGGCUCCUGCUGAGCUAGAGAAUAAGAGACCAUCUACUCCUGCUCCAGUGCAGAAAGGUUCAAGACUGUCCAUGGAUGAGCGAGGACGCAAGUCCAUUGAUUCAGCUGGGGAGGUAAGCAAUAAAAUGAAAAGCAAAGUGGCUAAAUCAAGCCAAUCCCAUGCCAGGGAUGCACCUCAGAAGUCAACAGUUGCUGAAAGCAAAGAGAAAAAUAUAAAUUGGAGAGCUGAUGAGGAGAAAAUGAAAGAGAGGUCUUCUCAGCAUUCUGUAGGGGAAAGUCUGUUUGAAAAAUUUAUCCUGGAUCCUGAAUGCAGUAAAGGAGGGAGCACAGUCAGCAAGAAGACUCUCUCCAAAAGUGAUUUGAAUGCCGAGGACGUCCCAAAGGAAAGAGGCACAUUAUCUAAGGAAAAGGAAGCCAAAAAGAGUGAUGCAAAAGAGAAACUCCAGAAAAAGUUUGACUCUGAAAAGGAAGAAAAGGGCAGAAAAGGAUUCAAAAGUUUGAAAGAAAUCAAGAGUGCAUUUGAUGUGUUUAGCAUUUCUUCAGAAGAAAAAAAUGAAUACUUGGACAAUCGCAAAAGAGAGGAACCAGGACAUGACUACAGAUGUACAGAUGAAUUCAAAUCAAAAGACAGACAGUUAUAUAGCAGGAGCACAAGAGAUGAGACAGAUACUUGGGCUUAUAUUGCAGCAGAAGGUGACCGUGAUGUAACUGAGGACUGUACUGGUAAGUUGAAACAACAAACUGUGAGCUUGGGCAUGGACAUGCAGUUAGAGUGGCUGACCCUGGAGGACUUUCAGAAGCAUCUUGAUGGAGAAGAUGAGAAUCACUUGGCAGUUGAAGCAAUAUCAUCUACUCAGCUACGGGAUGCUGUUAAAAAUGGGCACUAUGAUAUGGCAAAGAUGGCUCUUAAUUCAAAUGAAGAAUAUAAUCUCGACCAGGAGGAUUCUAGUGGAAUGACUCUUGUGAUGCUCGCUGCUGCAGGAGGUCAUGACGACAUCCUUCGACUUCUCGUCAGGAAAGGAGCUAAAGUUAAUUGCAGACAAAAAAAUGGAACAACUGCAUUGAUACAUGCAGCUGAAAAGAACUAUCUGACUACUGUAGCCAUCCUUUUGGAAGCUGGGGCAUGUAUGAAUCUACAGCAAAAUAGUGGUGAAACGGCUUUAAUGAAGGCUUGUAAAAGAGGAAAUUACGAUAUUGUCCGUCUUAUGAUUGAAAGUGGAGCAGACUGCAACAUUUCAUCAAAGCACCAGAGCAAUGCCCUGCAUUUUGCUAAACAGUGUAAUAACUUACUAGUGUAUGAACUCCUCAGGAGUCACUUGGAUACGCUUACACGAGUGGCAGAAGAGACAAUAAGAGAAUACUUUGAAACCCGUCUUAGUUUGAUGGAACCUGUAUUUGAUAUUGCAUGUCAUCGGCUUUGCGAGGGACCAGAUUAUUCUUUGGAGUUCACCUACAAGCCCCCACAGAACGUUCCUGAAGGAUCUGGAAUCCUUUUAUUCAUUUUCCACGCGAACUUCUUUGGGAAAGAAGUCGUUGCCCGGCUCUGUGGACCAUGUGGCGUGCAAGCUGUGGUGUUGAAUGACAAGUUCCAACUGCCGGUGUUCUUGCCCCACAGAGCCUGCCAUCCUGCCUCGACAGAGCAGCUUGCCCAACGGAUCCUCCAGGACAGUCACUUUAUUUACUCCUUCAGUCCUAUUCAAGGCCUUAACAAACUCUUCAUACGGUUGGUAGAAGCUCCAACUGCCAAGGUAAAGCUGCUGAUAGGCGCAUACAGAGUGCAGUUACAAUGACCUCAUGAACCUCAUUAUUGAUGCUUUUAUUUUAUUUGAAUUCCCCCGCCCCCCAUUAUUUUUGAGUCUGAUCAUGCAGUUUGGAACUCCUGAUGCAUUCAGUACCCUGUUAAUGCUUCAACCGGUUUCUUUUACUUGGACUCCGUUUACCAUCUGCUGGUUAGCAGAUGAGCAGCUGAAGAAACUGGACAAGAUGAGUUUUAUUUUGUAUAGAUAUACCUGUAUUUGUGCCAAUGACUGUAAUUCCAUUUCUAAGUUGUGAAGUCCAGACUGCAAAUCUCAGCAUUUCCACAAUGUGGAAUGGUGCAAACACCUCCUAGAGAUAAAUUUCAAUUUUUAAAAAGCAAGACUUUGAUUGUUUGUAAAGGUUAAAUGUUGUCCUAAUUACAAUGUUUAUAUUUAAAUUAUCUUCUUCUUUUUACCAAGCAGAACUACAUUUGCUAUUUCUAUGACACAGGAAGACAGGCAGCAUUUCUGCUUAAUAAAGGAAUGAUGUAACUAAGAUGUGUGUGCAUAAGCUUAAUAUGACAAGCCCGCUGGGGUUGCCCAGAUAGCCCCAUCCCAGUAUAGAUGGUUUGUUGGAAAGCAUGAACAAAAAUGUUGGUUAGGCAUUAUUGUAAAAGUUAGUAUUCCUGCUUCAUAAAGAUUUAACAAGUAUAGGGAGGAAAUAGUUUGCAGAUACUAUCAGGUUAUUUUUUUAAAGCAGACCAUAUUUAUAGUUAUUCUAAUCUUCUGUGUUCAUGUAAUACUCCAGAAAGAUUCAUCUUUUGCCAUAAUUAAAUGACCCAGUUUAUUGGCUGACAACAGUCCUGUUGUAGUUCUGUGCUAAUAAAAAUGUAAAACA